AUGGCGGAUAGCUACAGCCAGGACAGCGAGCCUACCACACGCACGUUGCUGCGGCGCGUGCUGGAUACCGCGGACACGCGCACCCCGCAGCGACGCCGAAGUGCUGGAAUUGGUGCCCAGAAAUCCCUACUUGAAACACCUUCCUCCAGGAGGUUGAGCAGCUCAACAAAGACGAAUGCAAGGCGGCGUUCCCAAAGAGCCAGGUCUAUUGGCAGAUUGGCCCAUGUUCAAACCAGUGGACACCUGGAGGAACAGACACCCCGGACUCUGCUGAAGAACAUCCUUCUAACUGCCCCAGAAUCUUCCAUCAUGAUGCCAGAGUCAGUGGUCAAGCCAGUGCCAACACCGCAGGUGGUCCAAUCCUCUAGACAGGAAAGCAUUCGGGGCAGCCUGGAGCUGCAACUUCCUGAGCUCGAGCCCCCUACAACCCUGGCUCUCGGUCUGCUGGCUCCUGGCAGGAGGAAGCGGAGGCUGAGAUUGUCAGUCUUUCAGCAAGGAAUAGACCAGGGGCUGCCUCUCUCCCAAGAGCCUUGUGGGAAUGCCAGUGCCUCUUCUCUCACCAGUUCCCUCAACUUGACCUUUGCCACACCUCUUCAGCCACAGUCAGUGCACAGGCCUGGUUUGGCUCGCAGACCUCCCACCCGUCGAGCUGUAGAUGUGGGUGCAUUUUUGCAGGAUUUGCAAGAUACUUCCCUGGCGCCAACCGACACCGUGUUGGAGGACACUCAGCCCUUCUCCCAGCCCUUGGUUGGCCAUUCCCCCAGUGUGUACCACUCCCUGCCCUGUCUCUCUUACACUGAGGCUAAAGAUGCUGAGAAGGCUGUCAGUCACAGGACACAGAGGAGUGGGCCUAAGCUGCAGAACCACAGUCCUGGAAAACCAUCCCAACUUCUGGCAGGAAAGUCAAAGAAGGUUGAUGCCCUUGCUAUGAGCUUCCCAAACACCAGCAGUGCUAUUGCUGGAGAAGAUGAAGUACAGCCCUUACAGGGAGGAGUUGGUGAGAACGCAGAAGAGAGGAUGGAGGAAAGUUUGAGUGUGAGUGAAGUGAAGGACACAACAGGAACACAAGGAUCUGUUAGGACAGACAAGUCUGACAGAAAUGAAACGUCAGAAGCUGUUGAGGCCAAGGAGCCAGAGGGAUCUUCAGGAGAUGAGAACAUCUCUGGUAGGACAGCAAGUCCAGAAUUGGCCUCCAGCACCACUGAGUUUCUUCAGGCCAGGCAACUUCAGUUUCUUGAGUCAGCCCCACCGCCUAGCACUGCCAUCUUAUCCUCAGAGCCUCUGGAGCCUCUACCGACCAGGCUUCCUCCCAGGGCCAGAACCCUUGGCCCCAGGCCCCGUCAAGAUCCCCACAAGACUGGAUUGAACCACUAUGUGAAACUCUUCAGCUUCUAUGCUAAGAUGCCCAUGGAGAAGAAGGCUCUUGAAAUGGUGGAGAAGUGCCUGGACAAGUAUUUCCAGCAUCUUUGUGACGACCUGGAGGUGUUUGCUGCUCAUGCUGGCCGCAAGACUGUGAGACCAGAGGACCUGGAACUGCUGAUGCGUCGGCAGGGCCUGGUCAACGACCAAGUCUCUUUGCAUGUGCUUGUGGAGCGGCACCUGCCCCUGGAAUACCGGCAGCUGCUCAUCCCUUGUGCAUUCAGUGGUAACUCUGUCUUUCCUGCUCAGUAG